AUGUUGUGGUUGUUGGGGCAGCUGUGGUGGUUGUUGUUGGGGCAGCUGUGGUGGUGGUUGUCGUUGGGGCAGCUGUGGUGGUUGUUGUUGUUGGGGCAGCUGUGGUGGUUGUCGUUGUUUGGGCAGCUGUUGUGGUUGUUGUUGGGGCAGCUGUGGUGGGGGUUGUUGUUGGGGCAGCUGUUGUUGUGGUUGUUGUUUUGGCAGCUGUGGUGGUUGUUGUUGGGGCAGCUGUGGUGGUUGUCGUUGUUUGGUCAGCUGUGGUGGUUGUUGUUGUUGGGGCAGCUGUGGUGGUUGUUGUUGGGAAAGCUGUGGUGGUUUUUGUUGUUUGGGCAGCUGUUGUGGUUGUUGGGGCAGCUGUGGUGGGGGUUGUUGUUGGGGCAGCUGUUGUUGUUGUUUGGGCAGCUGUGGUGGUUGUUGUUGGGGCAGCUGUGGUGGUUGUUGUUGGAGCAGCGGUGGUGGUUGUUGGGGCAGCUGUUGUUGUGGUUGUUGUUGGGGCAGCUGUUGUUGUGGUUUUUGUUGGGGCAGCUGUUGUGGUUGUUGUUUGAGCAGCUGUGGUUGUUGUUGUUGGGGCAGCUGUGGUGGUUAUUGUUGGGGCAGCUGUGGUUGUUGUUGGGGCAGCUGUGGUGGUUGUUGUUGUUGUUGGGGCAGCUGUGGUGGUUGUUAUUGGGGCAGCUGUGGUGGUUGUUGUUGGGGCAGCUGUGGUGGUUGUUGUUAGGGCAGCUGUGGUGGUUGUUGUUGGGGCAGCUGUGGUGGAUGUUGUUGUUGGGACAGCUGUGGUGGUUGUUGUUGGGGAAGCUGUUGUUGUGGUUGUUGUUGUUGUUGGGGCCGCUGUGGUGGUUGUUGUUGUUGAGGCAGCUGGUGUUGUUGUUGGGGCAGCUGUGGUGGUUGUUGUUUGAACAGCUGUGGUAG